AUGGUUUCAAAAAGCACGGGAGCUGCUACUGCAGCAGCAAGAAGGGCGUCUGAACGCAUGCGCGCGGCCGGGGAAAGCGCCUCUCACACCUCAACAACAGGCAAUUCGUCGUCUGUUGUCGUGAACCCUCCACGUGGUGAUUCAGCACGUGCGACAGGUACAUCCGUUGCGUCUGCAGCGAGUACCUCGAACCGCAAUCCAAAUGAGCCCGACAUAGAUAUCAUCUAUUCUGGCGAGUCGGAUGAUGCAGCCGACUCGAAGGCGGCUCCUAACGCUUCCGAAUCACCCGGGGCGGACACUGCAAGAGCCAGGUUGACUGGCUCUGGUCAAUGUGGUGGCAUCAUGCUCGAGCUUUUCGAAUCGAUUAAUUAA